AUGGAACUCUGCGUGAAACUGAGUGUGGAAGUUCCAGCUAUUGUCUAUGAAUAUUGUUACCAAAGAGUCCUAACCGAGUAGUUCAUGAAAAUGUCAAAGUUUCUGGGUUCCGUCCCCGGAAAAAGAGUUCCAGAGAAUAUCAUUGUUGGUUUCAUUGGGAGGCAAUACGUUUUGAGAGCUACUGUUGAAUUUAUCUUGAAGAGAACACUUCCUCGCGCCAUGGAGUCUAUGACUGGAAAGACAUUAAAAGACUCUAUAAAGAUAGUAAGCUGCUUUCCAGAUAUGGAGAACGCUUAUUAUCAGCUCAAGACUCUUAGUUAUGAGUUGGUAUAAAGAUGGAAUCCUGAGAAUGGGUAUAAUAUAUAUAUGAAGAUCGUUGUAGAGUUAGACAAUGAGAUAGACCUAAAACCUUGUGAAAGACAGCUAAGACAGAAAUAUAAGUCCUUUGGUGCAUUGAAGAUUGUAACUGCAUGAGGUCUACAUGUGGGAGAUCUUGCAAUCAUUGAUAUAUCUGCUGCAACCAUAGAUGAAGGGUCAACGGGUCAAGCGAUGCCAAAUGCUGAAAGCAAAGGUUUUCAUUUUGACUCGAAAGAAGGGAACAUAUUGCUUCAUGGAUUCCUUGGUUCAAUCUUAGGAAUCCGAGCAGGGAGAGAAUCAUAGUCAUUCUCGCUUGUGUUUCCUGAAUCAUGGAAACAAGAAACCUUGUGCCAACGUGCUCUGUUCACUGUUGACUAUAAGGAACAAUUCUAAAGAGAUUUAAACUUAGACGAUUCACUUGCCGAUAAAGUUGUGACAACCCAUCCCGCUCACUCGGAAUCCAGCUCAUAG